AUGAAGGAUCGCUCUCUCUUCGUCCCUUCGCAAGCGCCCCCUGCGGGAACGCUUCAAUCGGGCGGCGAGAUAACGACGCAGGCCGCGAACCCGCCGCGGUACAUCAACGUGGGGUAUAACGGCGCAGAUUUCAACUACCAAUUCAACCCCACCACUAAUCUCCGCAGCUGGGCAGCCUCAACAAAAGUUUUCCCAGGCGACUUUCUCGUGUUCAACUACCCGACGCGCACGGACGAGGUGUACCAGUUUUACCGGCAGGCGGACUACGAGAUCUGCAACUACGCGCGCGCCGUGCGCGUGUGCAAGAACUGGGACGGCGCCAAGGGGUGCAAGGUGAAGGCGCAGCAGGGCACCAUGUACUUUGCGUCGGGCAUGCUCGGGCGCUGCCAGCGCAACCAGAAGGUGGCGGUGAAGGUUAAGAGCAAGCCGUACACGGCGAGGAAGAUCGUCGUGGGCAAGCCGACGGCGUCGUUCGGGUGGCCGUGGAACCCGCAGGUGGACUACAAUCUCUGGAUGCAGUCUACGAAGAUCUACGUUGGCGAUAAGCUCGUGUUCAAGUACGCGGCAUACAUGGAUGAAGUGUACAUCGUACCCACGUACACCGACUAUGUCAACUGCAAGUACGACAACUACGUGGCGUACUGUAACGCGACGGACGGCAUCGGCGACGGGUGUUUCAGUUCGGCCAUCACCGCCACCCCAAUGUACUUCGUCUCCGGCUCGUACUCGCACUGCUUCGCGAACAACCAGAGGCUAGCUGUGAAGGGGCUACCGCCACCUGCUUCGUAA